UGGGUUAAGGCUGGAAAGGUUGACGACUGCUACAUCAAUUUGUCUUUGUUAAUCAGUGGUUUUACUCAGAAAACCCUGAUCCACUCCGCUCCACUGGGUUCGCUGACCUUCAACGCUUCAUAAAAAUUCUUUGCAAAUCAAUGUUUAUUCCGGAGAUUGCAAAUUCGUACUCAGCCCCAUGAUAAUACAAGCAAUGAGCGCAACAUAACUGGCGCCUUUGGGGCUAACCGGCUUGUUUGACGUUAUAAUAAAUGCGACUGGAAGAGAGCACCCACGAAACCGAGACCGACUUCGAAUCCGAGUAAGCGGCUUUAGCUGUUGGCUUAUCGGUCACUAAGCCGGCGGGGGAGUCCUAGAGUUGGAGAGCCCUAGCAACGUGCUCCAUAGAAACGACACGACACCCAACGGCAACAGCAACAGCGACAGCAACGCCAACACCAGGAGUGCCAGGCUAGAAAAUUCCUUCGCUCGCCAGUUCGCUGUUUACACUACGUGUCUGCACAUCGUCGUUGUACUCCGUUUCCGGAAUGGCCAUGGCCCAAACGGCACGCACCGCCACGGGAAGGCGUCCGACGCACGACUACCAUGGCACCGCCAUCUCGCUGAGACAGGUCCGCUCCAAGUCCGCCAAUCCGGGGCAACUGCGUCCGCUGAGCGGCGUCCACGGGGCGGCCGUCUCCUCCCGCCUCGUGCCGCCCUUCUCCAUCCAGUCGCAGCAGAAGAACACCGUCGUCAUAGACGGACCCAUCCAUGAGUCCGCCCCCAAGACAGCCAGUGCCAGGGCUCGAGCCCCGAAAAUUCUAAGGCGGCAGCAAAAGUCCAUGUCCACCUUCAAUUUGGGAAUGGGUCUGACUGGUGGCGCCGUGGGAGGAGGGGGUAAUGAUCCGGGGCGAGGAACCUUGUUUCGGAUGUACUUUGACCGCGGGGACCUGCCCAUCAAGAUGGAGUACCUGUGUGGGGGCGAUAAGAUCGGCUGGACGGUGGACAUCGAAAAGCUGGACUACAGCCUGUAUCUGCCGCUCUUCUUUGACGGACUGGCGGAGACCAAACAUCCGUACAAGACAUACGCCCGCCAGGGAGUUACGGAUUUGCUGCUGGCCGGGGGCGAGAAGAUACACCCCGUGAUACCGCAAUUAAUAUUGCCGCUGAAGAACGCAUUGAGCACACGAAACCUGGAGGUAAUGUGCACGACAUUGAAGAUAAUCCAACAGCUGGUCAUGUCCUCGGAUUUGGUGGGACCCGCCCUGGUGCCCUUCUACCGACAGUUGCUGCCCAUGUUUAAUGCCUUCAAGGUGAAAAACUUAAACUGCGGCGAUGAGAUCGACUAUGCCCAGAAGAACAACCUGAAUCUGGGGGACCUCAUCGAUGAGACAUUGCAGGUGCUGGAGCUUCACGGCGGCGAAGAUGCCUUCAUCAACAUCAAGUACAUGGUCCCCACUUACGAAUCCUGCUAUUUAAAUUGAGCUACGCUUCAUGGUUUUGUCCCUUUACAUACAAUAUCAUAAGUAUUUAUUGAAAUUUACAAACAUUACAGAAUUAAAUAGAUAUUUGUUAUUAACGCUUAUCUAUGUUUGAUUGAGAUUAUAGUGU